UCCUCCUUGAUGAUGUCUCAUCUACCGGGUGAAGUUGGGGGGACGGGGAUAUUUCAGGAGCUUGAUGACCGAUUGGACUGAGGAUCCUGCAUUUCCAUAAACAGCAGCUCCAUAACCAUAUCCGAACCCUUGUAUAUAUACACCCUGGCUUUGAUUCCUUUCUCACUGCCACUGCUGCCCUCCUCACAGACUUUCCAUUUCUUUGUAGGCUGUAAGGAAAACAAACUGUCAACAUGUCUGAGAAAAAGUUGACGUCCAGCCGCAGGCAUCACCUGAAGAGUUUGAUUCUUCAGAUUGCUGCAACUUGGCUGGAACAGGAGAAGAAGGAUGUCAUCGCAGCCAAGGAGGCUUACAUGUCUGAGCAUUGUCCUCCAGCAGACCUGAGUGGAGACCAGGCUACCCUCAUGGAGACCUGCAAAAAACUGCAAGCUCUCAUUGACAAAAUUGAUGAGGAGAGAUACGACCUGGAGGCCAAAGUGGGCAAGGCUGAUAAAGAGAUUGAAGACCUGAAGAUCAAAGUGGUAGACCUGGCUGGAGUGAAGAAGCCAGCUCUGAAAAAGGUGCGUAUGUCAGCCGACGCCAUGCUCAAAGCUCUGCUGGGCUCCAAACACACGGUCAACAUGGACUUGAGGGCGAACCUGAAGCAGGUGAAGAAGGAGGUCAAAGAGGAGCCUGCAGAGGCAGUCGGUGACUGGCGUAAGAACAUUGAAGACAAAGCAGACAGGAAGAAGAUGUUCGAGAGCGCCUAAAGACCCUGACUCUUGUUCUGUCUUUGCUCGGGGCUUUUUGGGAAGGGAAUUUCUGGCAUUUUACAGUUAAUUGAAAUAUCGUUUGUUUCAUUAAAUCUGUGUGUUUCAGCUUG